GCCAUUAAUUACAUUAACCCCUUUUGGCCUACUUUACCCAAGCGGUAUAUCAAUCUUUUUAAGCGUACAUAUAGAAUCGCGUCUUUUGCGCCGAUCUCCGUGGUCUUCCGGCUUGGCAGGCGCACAGGACCGGGAUAAGCGAGUCCUAUGGGCAAGAUGGACCCAAAACUAUAAGGUCGCAGCCGGCCGGCAUCUUUUUAGAACCUAUCUUACAUGCAUCUUUUCACAUAUACCCAUCUACAACCCAGCACUAAUCUUACCAUACCACACAACCGGGUCCGGAGAUCGUCGUGAGAGAAGAAACGCCUCGCGCGCGACAUUUCGAGGUUUGCGCAUCGAGGCUUUUUUUUUUAAGGUUCCGCGAAGAGGGGCGGCUGAGGUCAUGCCAAGCUAUUAUCUCACACCUGUCUUUCUUCCCUCUAUCCCGAUUCUCCAUUUCUUUUGCCCGUCGCGCGCCGCCACCACCUAAUUCGGUGGGUAGGUUCACCUACUGUACCUAGCGCAAGGUAACAAAGGCACGCAGUAUCUUUCACCGAUACCUUACCUACCUUAUCUAGCCAAGGAUUUCAAAGUUAUCCUACUUCUCGUACCCCGGAGAAUAGGAUAGCUAGAAGACAGAAAAUUCGCGGAAUCGGAGAAUCGGGAAUAGAGCUGGGAAUAAAGGAAAAAGGGAAUAAAAAAGGGACCUAAGGAAGAGGGACCAAAAAAAAAGAAAGGAAGGAAAAAAACCCCAUGGAGCUCGGCUGCUCGGUGGUGGCGCCGCUGGCGCCGCACAAGCACACGCACACAGUGGUGUUCCUGCACGGGCGCGGCGACACGUCGCAGAACAUGGCGGACGCGCUGCUGCGGUGGACGCGGGACUCGCGCGGCCGCACGCUGAUGGACGAGUUCCCGUCCGUGCGCUGGGUGUUCCCGCAGGCGGAACCCAGCCUCGUCGAGACCACGGGCGAGACCUGGCCCCAGUGGUUCGACAUCUGGAAUAUUUUGGAUAUGACGGACCGCGAGGAGCUGCAGGCCUUUGGGCUGAAGGAGAGCGUGGAGAGUGUGAGGAGGAUCGUGAGGAGGGAGGCUAGGGCUGUGGGAGGGUAUGAUAGGGUUGUGCUUGCGGGGAUUAGCCAGGGCGGCGCGACGGCGGCGCAUGUUUUGCUGCAUUUGGGCGCGUUGGAGGAUGGGGGUGUUGAGAAGAGUGUGAAUACGGAUGAGAAGGGCGCGGACGAGGAUGAAAAGGCGGUUGAGAAGGUGGAGGAAGAAAGGCCGCCGAGGUUAUGCGGGCUCAUGGGGUUUUCGGCCUGGUUACCGUUUCCCGGCGGUUCGCUCGACGAGACGAGGGAGGUCUUAGGAAUGGAGGAGUUUCUGGAUAGCAAAAGCGAUGAGCUGGUGAGAAACACGCCGGUGUUCCUCGGGCACUGCUCCGACGACCCGUUGGUGUUUAUCGAGUACGGACAGCAGUUACGGGACGGACUCGAGAGCUUCGGCAUGGAUGUUGAAUGGCACGAGUACCCGGACGGGGGACACUGGUUCAACGCGCCGUUCGGGAUGGACGACGCGGUGGAGUUUCUCAAGGCGCAGGGGAUACCUAUCGUGAAGCAAUAGAUUGGUUUAUUUCUUUGGGAGGAGUUUUGGGCAUUUUGGGCUGUUGGGCGAGCGGUGAAACUCGGAGAUUGAAGGGCUCGGUCCCGUGUUGUCUUGCAGCCCCCUUUUUGAUGAUAUCAACAUUUAUAUAUGGAUAUGACGGCUAGAUCUUUUGCGUCUAUUCUGCUAUGAUUUGACGGGUUACGAUAUGCAAGAUGCCGGUAGCGAUUUGCAGAAAAUGUAGAGUUUAUCAGCUGGGCAUCAAACCAGCUCUGGUUUUCAAAAGUUUAGUUAUAGAAAUAGUCACAUUCUACUUUUAGUUUAUAAUAUCUAUUUGGUUUUAUACAAUUCCCUUU